UAAGCUUCCUUGAAAGUUAUUUUUGAAGUGCCAAUCUUUGCAAUUUCAGUGGAAAAUACGUCCAACUCUGAUAUGGACUCUCAAGACUCCUUUGGGAAUGACGAGGCUAACGCAAAUGACGCCGUUCCAGUUGUGGAGGAUGAAGAAUUGGUUCGAGAAGGAGUCUUCAACCAGAUCAGAAACUCCUUGAAUCAAAACGGGAUCAAAUUGUGGGUAGAGCCGUAUUGUAAGGAGGGCAUUCCUCAAGGCGACAAAUUGCUAGAACUCGCUUGCAGUCUGUCACCUGUUCUGGGCAUCGAUGAUAUGACUCUGAUGGAGGGCAUCAAAUACCUCCAAAGUAACGCCUUAGAAAAACUGGCCGCCCGUGACACUCUCAACAAAUCCGGACAGAUUCAGCUCCGCUUGAAGAUCCCUCGAAAUCUCGUCAAAGAAUCCGUCUCGAACCUUGUUGAAGUGAACCGAGAGGCCCGCGGAUGCGAUUUGGCCGAAUCCGUGGCAACUAUUGUGAAAUGUUCUCCGGAUGCCCUCAAACUGGUUGCCAACGGCAAAGUCAUCAACAACGACUUGGGCGUCUUGGAGCAAGGCUUGAAACCCGGAAUGGUCCUCAUGAUUGUCAGUCUCAACAAAAACGACAAGUCCCUGCAAGUUUUGGAUGAGCAAAGAAAGAUCUUGAACGAAACCAUUCAAGAUGCCAAAUUACUUGGAUGUGACGAUGGAUCCGGACCCGGUCUCUCCAUUGCCAAUCAAACUGGCGAAUCUUUGAACCUACCGGAUAUUGAACGAAAGGCCUUGAUCAUUGCCAUGAGUCUUCACGAAAAAGGUCGAUUCGCUUUGAAGCAGAAGAACUACGAUUUGGCCUUGAUCCUUUUGUUAGAAGCCAGGAGCGAAUACUCCCAAUGUCGAUCCGACAUUCUACAUCGAGUGGAUAAUUAUGCUCUGCUGAAUCUGGACAUUGCAUGGUGUUACCUGAAGCUGGGGAAUGUGUCUCAGUUGCCCAAUGCCGAAGAUCGGCUCUCGGAAUGUGAGAACCUAUUGCGCAAGAGCUAUGGUCAAGACAUGGAACGAGUGGUCCAAGUGAAAGGUCAAGCUGAUACCGAGAAGGCUAUCUACGUGCGAAUGCACCUACUCCAAGGGAUUGCCGCCUUUCAUCAAGGCCACAAAAGUCGAGCCGGGGCUCUGUUGGCUUUGGCUAAAUCCGAGUUGGCCGAACUUGAUGUGUCUGAGGACGCUUUAAGUGAGGUUGUGGCCUUGGGCUACUCGGAGAAAGAGGCCAGGUUGGCCUUAAGGGCCACCAAAGGAAACCUGGCUGAGGCUGUGACCUUGGCUCAAAAUCAGAGAGAAGAGCGAAGGCGUGUCAAAGAAGAGGAGGUGGAGCGGAAGCGAAAGCGACAAAAGUUCGGAAAAACCCAAGAUGGGCGGUUUGUUAACAUUGGAUUUGUCCAGACCAUGGUGAACAUGGGCAUCGGUGAGGAUUUUGCAGUGGAAGCUCUCCGGCAAACUAAUAACUCCAUUGAAGAGGCUAUUGCCGCUGUGCAAGACAAUCCCGAUAUGAUUGAAGCCGCGCUUUUGACCUCCCUAGAGGACCAAAGGAAUCAAGCAGGCAGCUCCGAUUCAAAGACAAAGGCCGAGUUCAAAAAAGAUGUGAAGAAGGCCAAGUCUGAGGCCGUCAAACGCAUGAAAAGCGAAACGGGCGGACUUGGGAAGGAUGACGAUCAUUUAGACCUGGACUUGAAGGAAGAAACGGACUUGGUCCAAAAAUAUCUUGGGUUUCUGACGGCAUGAUGAAUAACAUCAUUUUUAUUAUCUUAAGUAAAGAACGUGUACAGAUUGCAGCAAGACAGGGAGACUUUGUUCAGUUUCUGCCGAAUUAUAAAUACAGCACCUGAGGAACACAGAACAACAUCUCGUUGCGUCAUACGCAUUUUAACCCUACAUUGAAGGUGGAUGAUUGGGAAACCCAAGAGAAGAAAUGACCCCGUUCUUGUUGAAGCCCCUGUCUCUGACAAAAGCGCAAGCUUCCCCGGACGAAAUGCGUAUGUCGGUCAUUUGUCGGACAACAAUUGGCGUCAUGUUGCUCGUUUGUUGAGUGAAACAACAUAGUAUGUGAUUGUAAUAAACAUUUAU